AUGACCGGACAAGACGAGGAUAGCAAGACCGCCGCCGCGUACGCAGACGAGAUGCAGAAACGAACCCGCAAAGAACGUCGCUUCGACGAGGUCGAGGCUCAGCUUCCCAACCCCCGCGUCCCGACCCUCCAGUCAGCCUUGAUGACGGCCAACGGCCUGCUCUCGCACCUCGGAAGCUACAACCCCUGGGGCAGACCCGUGACCGACGACGACAUUGUCUGGCUCCUCGACAACACGGCAUACAAGCCCUCGCGCCUGGGCAGCUGGCAGGCCGAGUUCGUCGCCGCCAUCUUCGAAAAGGAGCCCAAGUGCGCCGUCGUCGACAUGGUGCAGGGCGUCGCCCAGAAGCUCGGCCUCGCUGACGACGCUGAGGAGCUGCAGACGAUCGAGGAGAGGAUACUGCCGUUCCUCUGGGAUGUGCAGCCCUCGCGCCUCCUCCGGGUCGUGCACCAGAAGAGGGAGCUCAAGCUGGGCCCCUCGGCGACGAAUGGCAUCAGCACCGACACGCUCAAGGUCCAUGAGCAGCCGUCCGGCACGGCAGUGACGUCGAGCGCCGCCGUGCCGCGGGGCGCGACGGGCUUGUUGGAGAUGCAGACGUACUUCGCUGCGCCAGAGGGCUGGGCCAUCAUUUCAGAUGUCGACGACACGAUCAAGCUGACGCAGACGAGCGACCCCAUCGGCAUCCUCCGCGAAACGUUUGUCAACGAGCCGACGCCCAUCGAGGGCAUGCCGGAACUGUACAGGAACAUCAAGGCAUUGCUGCCCCAAGAGGCGCCGUGGUUCUACCUCUCGGCCUCCCCGUACAACCUGUACCCGUUCUUGCGCGAGUUCCGCGACAAGUACUACCCCCCGGGAACCAUCAUCCUCCGCGACUCGAGCUGGAAGACGGUGGCGGGCCUGUUGUCGGCGUUGACCAUGGCCACGGAGGAAUACAAGGUGGAACGCAUGAGAAAGGUGCACGGCUGGCUGCCCAAGAGGAAACUCAUCCUCAUUGGCGACUCGACGCAGUCCGACCCCGAGGCCUAUGGCAACAUUUACCGCGAGUUCAAGGGCUGGGUCAAGCUCAUUCUGAUCCGCAAGGUCACCGACAUCGCGGCUGUGGGUAUCUCGGCCAAGAACGAGCCGGAGCGAUUCGAGAAGGCGUUCAAGCACAUUCCUCGCGACGACUGGUUCGUGUUUGAGAACCCGGUCGACUGCAACAAGAUUAUCCGGGACACGAUUGCGCAAGAUGCUUAG